CCACAUUUCCCACAAACCCCUGCCGGAUAGUGACGCCAAGAUGCUUCUGCGUCUCCAAACAUCCGGUCAUGAUUUCAACGCAUCGGCGAACAGGAAAACAUUAAAUAUCUCUAUGGAGACCGAUGAAGUAGCACAGCCUGAGGAGGCGUCCAAAACCACCGCCUCAACCCGAACUAAAAAGCCCACCAUGAAUCUCUACGUGCCCAAGAAACGCCAAACCGAGAAAGCAGACCCCCAGGAGAAACCUCACACGGCCGAUGACAAAAAAUCCCGACCCAGGCCCCGUUACACUGACAAAGCCCGCAAGAGCAAGAAAGACAAAGCUAAAGCUGGAGAUAACCAGAACGGAGAGGUAAAACAGGUCAACGCAGGGACAAAAGAGGGGGAUGAAGAGAAUUCAAAAGAAAAUAAUGAGGGUCACACAGACAUCCCAUCAGAAACUGUGAAUUCAAAUAUCAAUGAUGACCCCAAAACAGCAGAUGAUGAAGAGAUACCCAAAGAAGAAGAAGAUGAGGAGGAGGAUACAGCAGACAACUGGGAUUCAAUGUUUAAUGAUGAUGGUGACUGUCUCGAACCCAAUUUACUAGAGGAGAUGUCCCUGACGGAGGGCCACCAGAAGAACUCCAAACAGGACCCCCGUUUCGAUUACUAUAACUGGUCACCUCAGGAUGAUGAAGAGGUGGAGCUUCGUGAUGACGAGCUGUCACACAUCCUAGAGAUUUACGAUUUUCCAUCCGAGUUCAAGACGGAGGACUUAAUCAGAUCCUUCAGCUCUUUCCAGCAGAAGGGGUUUGACAUUAAAUGGAUUGAUGAUACACACGUUCUGGGUUUGUUCUCCAGUCCGAUAGCAGCUCGUGAUGCUUUGAGGACGAAGAACCCCAUGAUGAAGAUCAGGCCUCUUUCCAAAUCAUCAAAUGCCACUAAAGCCAAAGCUCGCAGCUGCUCUGAUUAUCUUCUCCCAGCUAAAGAGCGUCCUCAGACCAGUGCAGCUUUGGCUCGCCGGCUGGUGAUCGGUGCAUUGGGUGUGAAGAGCAACCAGACCAAAGAAGACCGAGAGGCUGAGAAGAAAAAACUACAACAAGCAAAAGAGCAAAAGCGUUUGGCCGCUAAACAGCGUGAGGACGCAUGGGAAGGCCAGUGAAGGCACUACAGAUUCUGUGUUGAGGUCUGUAGGAUUCAGACUCUUCCUGUACUGAUGUCAGAAAUGUCUCCUCCCUCAGCAGGAGCUGAGUGAAUCAGGACUACUGCCAAACCCAACACAACAGACCGAACCAAAGCCAGAGGAAGGGGGGGUCAUGAGACCGCCACACAGGCUCGAACAGGGAGAUUUUGUAAUUUACAUUUUUUUUCUCAGUAAAUGCUUGCGGUUAAAAAUUAAUUUUUAAUGUUUUUUUUACAUUACUGUUCAUCAUCGUCAAAGCUACCAGUCAGCUUGAACAGUAAUCUUACACAGACCGCAGACGACUCCAGGCCAGAUCUGCACCGGAACUGCUGACUUCGGCGUGGAUCCGGCCCGGAGUCAUCUGCUGUGUGGGUUGGUUUGUGAUUUUUUUGGGAUUUAACUCAAUCUCAUCUCUUAAUAGCAUGGGCAUAUUUCACCCUUAUAUUGUACACAUCACAUUUUUAGGACCCUAAAGUCACAAUGUUCCGUAGGUGGAACAUUGCUUUCUUUAACGGUAAACUUCAUGACAUACAAAAAUUUUAAAACUAAAAGCUAAACAUGUCACAUAUCUUUGAAAAGCUGAGAUUCUUGUGAAUCAAAUGGUGUAAACCAUUUUAAGAUACAAUCAACACAGCAGGAACAAUUAAUGUCCUUUUUAGGCACGUUUUUUUUUUAGCAUUUUACAAGAAUGCUCUAAGAGGUUUUGCAUUGUGACGUUUUUGACAUUUUACUAACUGUACUGCAAAGCAAAAAAAAUGUAAUUGCAAAACAUUUAUACAUCAUGGUAGUAUUUAUUGUAUUGGUUUUCAUUUACAUUAAUUUAGAUUUUUUUAAAUCUAAGAAUCACUGUCCAGACUAAUUACAAAAAUACAUUAACACAAAUCUGGUGAGAUGCAUUUAUUGCUAGUGUCACUAUUACAAAGUUUUUAAAUUUCCUAAAAUGAGAUCAUAUGAUUUUGACUAAAAUUUUGAACAUUUUGUUUAAUACCAGUUUACACUUGUGAACCAGCCUAGAAUAAAGCUUUGUGUGAUUUUCCCUCAA